AUGGCAGACCCAUACAACCCAUACACUUCAUACUCAACACCCACUCCGGGCGGAGUCGGCUAUUACCCACCAGAGGAGCAUGUCCAGCAACAGGCAUAUCCGUACCAGCUACCAUACGACAAUUACAGCAACACACAGCUUCAGCAACGCCCGAACUAUGACUAUAAUGCCCAGCCAAGCCAAUACCAUCUCGCUCCAGACGCAUACCAAAAUGCCGCACAAGAGCGAAGCUAUACGCCAACAGGACAACCAGACCACCUAGGUCCAGUGCCAACACCAGCACAGGGAGGGAAAUCCCCCGGAAACAUGGGAUACUAUGAUGGCCACCCAGACCAACAGCCCCGAUACACCCCAUCCCCAGGUCCCACGCCAGCGUUGCAUGUAUCAGAGGCUACUGGUCCACAAUUUGACGAAGAGGGUCGCCCGCUAGAGAACGAAGGGGAAACCGAUCGCGGACUAGGAAGUUCUCUUGCUGGUGGUGCGGCGGGAUACUACUUGGGCCAUAAGAAGGAUCAUGGAUUCCUGGGUGCUAUUGGUGGGGCUAUUGUUGCGAAUCUUGUAGAGCAUAAGGUUAAGGAUCAUCGGAAGGAGAGCUCUGGCGGGCACGAACAUGAACAUGGUCAUGAACAUGGCCAUCAUGGGCACCAUCAUCAUCACCAUCAUAGUCGGAGCCGGAGUCAUUCACGACAUCGUGGAGAGGAGGAUUAUUGA